ACACACAUACAAAAUAGGCAGGCGCCGUUGAAGUAGAGUCCGGGUUUGGUGAUGGCAGAAUUUUAGUACGAUUCUACCGCUCGAGAACGGCUGAGCAAAGGGGACAAAGCGCGAAAUAUGAACGCUGUGAUUUUUGUGCUGUGUGUUCUGUUGGCCACAUCCGGUGCUGUACCGGUGGAACAGAAUGGAACCUCGUCGUUCGCCGCCGGGCUUGGGGCAGCUCUCACCAACAUUGCCAACAGUUUUGUGGUAGUUAGUGAGGACGUGGAACCGAACGUUAAUAGUCGACUCGAUGUGGAAAAACCGGCCGUACCGCAUCUCGAGUCGGCCAAUGCCCUACCUUCGCUGGUGCACAUUUCUCUCACCCCGGAGGAGCAUCACAUUAAGGCAGAGACGGAAGAGUUGGUCUACACGAACGAUACCGAUGCGCAGGGCGUUGUGAAGAUCACCAUUGUUGGGGAGGACAUUUCGGACGAAAUCACCACCGAUACAACCACGACGGAGGUAGAGGUGGACGAUGACGAUGAUGCUGCUACUACUACUACCACGGAAGCAUUCACCACCACCGACGAGGUGGAAGAUGACGAAGGCCUAACGACGACGCUAGAACCGAUCACAACUGCUUCACCCAAGGUGCUGUCCACAACGCCCGCCGCCGUUCUUACCGUGCUGGGCAGCGAUCAAGUCGACAAGGAAAAGGAGGAAGAAAUCAAGGAGAAUAUUAAGGAGGUGGAAGCAAUGCCGGUGAUAUUUACUUCCGGCGUAUAGCGAACCUAACUUACAUUGCAAAUAAUAAAUCUGUGCUUCCGGUGUUUUGUUUUUUUGGAA